AUGCCCGCCUCCUCGUCGUCCGCGGGGAGGCCCUACCGUUCCCACUCGCAGCCCGCGUGCAUCCCGUGCCGCAAGAGAAAGGCGCGAUGCAAGCUCGACGAGACCUCGGGCGAGAAGCCCUGCCUCAUGUGCAAGCUCCACGGCAGCGACUGCGUCUUUCCGUCGUCGGCGAACGAGGUCGGCGGCGGCGGUGGCGGCGGCAAGUCUCCGGCGCCGAAGCGGCAAAGGCUGAGGCAGGCUGCGAAGGGCUCCGAGAGCGGGAGCGUUGGCGAUGUCGGAUCGCCCGACCCGUCGCUAGCCCAGGAGACCCCGUUUACCGACUCGGUCGCCACUUUGCCGGGCGCCGCCGCCAGAGAGGAGACGCACGUCAUAGGGCCGGUGCAGAGCCCCGAUGCCCAGUUCAUCGCCGACUACCUGUCGGCCGACCCCGGCAGUGGCCCCCGGGCCCGGCACAUGAUCGUGGCGCAGCAGGAGCAGUACCAGCCGGGGCGGAGCGUGCUCUUCCACAGCAUCCGAAAGUACCCUAUGGGGUACACGGAAAGCGGCACCGCGGGGUCUUCGAGCUGCGAAGUGAUAGGGAAGCUUGUCGAGCCUAUCAAGGAUGAGCUGAUCGACGUGUAUGUUUGCCUGCCUCGACGACGUAUCCUUGGUGGUUGGGGAGCUAACAACAGUCGUGGCAGGUAUUUUCGGAAAGUGCAUCAAUGCUUCCCCCUCUUGGAUGAGCGUGCUUUCAAAGCUCAGUACAAGGCCGAGAAGAACAAGAUCUCGCCGACCCUGCUCUCAUCGCUGUACGCGCACACGAUCGUCUACUGGCGGCACACGCGACGGCGAGGCCAGUAUUGUCCGGACCUCCGCUAUAUAUGGCGCCAGAACUCCCAUUCUCUAUACUCGGACCUACAUAUGACCCCGUCUGUCUCGACUAUAAGCUCCCUUCUGCUCAACAUAUCCGGACGGCCGCUCACAUCCAUGAUUGGCAACGGCGUUCUUUUGAGCUCUGCGAUAUCCCUUGCUCAUUCGUUUGGCCUCAACCGCAAUUGUCUCGGCUGGGAUAUAUCCCCGGGAGAAAAGUGCUUGAGGACGAGACUGUGGUGGUCGAUUGUAAUACAUGACAAGUGGUCUAGCCUCACUUACGGAACCCCGCCGCAUCUGAGAACAACUGCGCAUGAUGUUCCCGAGCCCAGCCUCGCCCACUUCUUCGAGCCCAACGAAGAACUGUACAACGCAGAUGCAGCGUCGGUCUUCGUAGCCUUUGCGACCUUGGCCCAGGUGCUCGACGUCUACCUCGAUCACAUCUACGACCUUCGGCGGGACACCAACGACCGCUGCGAGGAUGUGAGUGUGGACAUCCAAAAUCGGCUGGCACAGUGGGAAGACUCGCUGCCCGCCCACCUGCGGGCGUCCAUCAUCAGGGGGGUCAACCUCGACGCCCCCGGAUCCUCGAACCUGCGCCUGAGCUAUCUAUACAUCCGGCUGCUCGCCCAGAAGCUCGGCAUCGACGACAGCGAGAGACACGCCCGGCAGGCCCCGGAGCCGGCGGCCGCGACGCAGAGGAAGAUCUGCGCGCGCCAGGCGGCGCAGGACAUCGUGCACUUCGUGCAGGAGCUGCGCGACGCGGCGCUGCGCGACUUCUGGCUCUCGUUCAACGCCUUCGUCCUCUCCAGCACGGUCGCGUUCCUCCUGCGCAGCGCCCUGGAGGCGGCGGCGGUGGCGGUGGGAGGACGACAGCGGGCGGCGGGCCAGCAGCCGGCGCGGGACCGGAGCCUCCGGCUCGCGGGGGACAUGGUGCGGGCGCUGCGGGCGCACCAGGAGCGCGCCAACUGGGACCUGGGCAGCAUCUGCAUCGCGCAGUACGCGGACGUGGUGGAGAGGCUGAUGACGCCCGACGUCGAGGCGUCCGAGGUGAUCCCCGAGCUGCCGCAGUCUGUGUUUUCCGAGUUUGCCGAGAUCGACAUGAUGUUCCCCAGCUUGUGGGAUAUGUUUAACGGUUCGUAG